AACAACGGUCUGCGCUGCUAGCGUUCACGGAGGGACAGAGCUCGAGUGUUGUUUUGAAUUUACGACAGGACACCGACUGAAAGGGGGCCAGGGCCUAUGGAUAAGAUGGCGGAUGUAGAAGACGAUGAAACUCGGUCCGCUCCCCCUUCGGCAUCCCGUAACGGUCCGGUCGUCGGUUCGUCUGCGGGGACCGCGGGCCAGAACACAGCCAGCGUUACGGUUACGUCAGGUCCGCGGAUGGUGAGGAUCGUCAAGUCGGAGUCCGGCUACGGCUUCAACGUCCGCGGACAAGUGAGCGAGGGAGGACAGCUGCGGAGCAUCAACGGGGAGCUGUACGCUCCUCUGCAGCAUGUCAGCGCCGUGUUGCCCGGAGGAGCGGCGGACCGAGCCGGGAUAUCAAAGGGUGACAGGAUCCUGGAAGUUAAUGGGGUGAGCGUGGAAGGUGCCACCCAUAAGCAGGUGGUGGACCUCAUCCGUGCAGGGGAGAAGGAGCUGGUUCUGGCUGUGCUGUCUGUUCCAGCUCAGGAGGCUGAUGGAUUGGAAGGAGGAGAGGAGGUCCAACCCAACUAUGACUACAGCGACAAGCAGGCAGUGCCCAUUUCCGUACCCACAUACAAACAUGUAGAGCAGCACUCUGAGAGGUUUGUGGUAUACAACGUGUACAUGUCAGGAAGACAGCUGUGCUCGAAGCGCUACCGGGAGUUUGCCAUCCUGCACCAGAACCUAAAGAGGGAGUAUUCUAACUUCAACUUCCCAAAGAUUCCUGGGAAAUGGCCCUUCUCCCUGUCUGAACAGCAGCUGGAUGCUCGCCGUAGAGGCCUGGAGGAAUUUCUCGAGCGAGUUUGCUCUGUGCGGGUGAUCGGGGAGAGUGACAUCAUGCAGGAGUUUCUCUCUGAAUCAGAUGAGAACUACAAUGGAGUGACAGAUGUAGAGCUGCGGAUAGCCCUGCCAGACAAGACCACCAUUUCUGUCAGAGUCCGCAAGAACAGCACCACAGACCAGGUGUACCAGGCAUUAGUGAUGAAGGUUGGGAUGGACAGUAUUAUGGCGAGCUACUUUGCCCUUUUUGAAGUCAUCAACCACUCCUUUGUGCGGAAGCUGGUUCCUAAUGAGUUUCCCCACAAGCUUUAUGUGCAGAAUUACACGUCAGCAGUGCCGGGGACUUGCUUGGCGCUCCGCAAAUGGUUGUUCAGCUUCCAGGAGGAGGAGUUACUAAGAGACAACCCGCUGGCACUGCACUACUGCUUUCACCAGGCAUUGGAAGAUGUGAAGAAGGGAUUCAUAAAAACAGAGGACAAAUCCUACCAGCUGCAGAAACUGGCAGAGCAGCGCAAGAUGGCCACGUACCUGAGUCUGUUGCGGACAUGUGAGGGCUACAACGAGGUGGCCUUCCCCCACUGCUCCUGUGACUCCAGGAGGAAAGGACAUGUCAUCACAGCUAUCAGCAUCAAUCACUUCAAGCUGCACGCUUGUACCGAGGACGGCACGCUGGAGAACCAGGUGAUAGCUUUUGAGUGGGCGGAGAUGCAGCGCUGGGACACCGAUGAGGAGGGGAUGGCUUUCUGCUUUGAAUACGCCAGAGGGGAGAAGAAACCUCGCUGGGUCAAGAUCUUCACUCCAUAUUUUAACUACAUGCAUGAGUGCUUUGAGCGGGUCUUUUGUGAGCUGAAGUGGAGGAAACAGGUUGAGGAAGAGGCAUCUGACAAAGACAACAAAAACUGCAGUGACAAUGAGUAUCUGCCUCCUCUGGAGACGCAGCAGAAGGGAUGGCGCCACCUAGGGGGGGAGAUUGCAACUUCCUAAAAAUCAUUUGUCAUCGCUCGAACUAGAACUGGUCCACUUGCAUCACCACAGCCACCCCAGAGCGCCCAUCGACAAACACCGAACGGAGAGGAAGACUGAGGCCAUCCAUGCCCCGAAAAAACAAACUGGAAGUGACCUAAAAAUGGAAUAGCCACACUUUACCGACCCCAGGGAAACACACAGCAAGAAGAGCAAUGAAGGAAAAUAAACAAGAGCCAACUUUCAUGUCAUUCACUAGAUCUCCAUAGCGUGUCUGUUUUCCUCCAUGCAUCUGCCCUGUGAUGUGUGGCAGGACACGAGCAAAUCCUCGCCACUGGUUGAGAUGUAGCGCACACCUACAGUGUGUGACUGGUCAGCACUGUGGCAACAUUUGCACAAAGGGAGCACCUCGAUGAAUCGCCACUUGACGCGAGAGCCGACAUGUGAGAUAGGAUCGUCCAACACUAUCAGCCCGGUGCAAAGCUUUCAGCCUGGCCCUCGUCUGCUGAACUGAGCUGAUGAAAAUAUGAAUGGAGAGAUACAGAAAAAUGGGGUUUUCAGAUAUUUAGCGGUUAGAUAUAAAGAAAGAAAGCAAAAUUCUGCUUUACACUGAUGAUGGACAACAACGCAAAAAGGAUGUUUUCUAUCUGUAAGAUGAGACGUAUUCUGUCUUUGUCAGAAAACAUAGUCGUCACAAAUGUAACUGAAAAAGGAUGUUGGGGACGGUUCAUAAUUAUGUGUAUGUUUCUCUUACUUCUGAUAAAAUAUAGAUUAAUAUAAGAGUUAUAAAAAUGUGUUUCUUGAUCUAACACAACGAAACACUAACUGAACUGCAUUCGAACUGCUCUAACAAAUCUCAAUUUUUCACCUUUUGUUCUGGUCUAACCCACGCUACUGACAGAAAGAUGUCUGUUGGCGGUCUGCCAUUAAUGUCGGUUUGUGUAUCUAUCCCCCUCGCAAGUGUUUUAAUGUGGUGACUUUGCAGAGCUCUAAGUUGAGAGGAAGAGGUGUUCUCAGUCUUAGCUCUGUGCAGGGAGGAACUCUUGAACAAAAAAGGUAGUGGGCCCAAAGGUUUUGAAAUGGCACACGAUGUGACUGACGGAUCGUUAAUAUAAAGACAGGACAAGUGUGGUCUUGCUGUUGAGUUGCAGUUCUCUGAACAUGCAGCAGAGAGCAGCAGAGUGCAAGACAUUCAGUUGUAGGCUUUGAGAAAAAAUUGAAAUUCUCAGCUUCUUACAGAGUGAUCCCUCAGGCUCUGUAUCCUACCCAAAAGUAUCACUCCUCUUCAGGUUGUCUAAUAACCAUGUCCGGAGGACAGAUGGUGUGUGUGUGUGCGUGUGUGUGCGUGUAUGUGUGUGUCAAGAGUAGAUGAUGCAUAACGUUUUGUGACUGCAACCAGCACACAUAGCAAUGCAGGCAGCUGCCUGCCUCUUACUGCACCUGCAUUGGUACAGUAUCAGUUGUUUGUGUUUGCACAUAUGAUUAUUUGACAAUUUACACAGAUGUGUUUGUUUUUAGAGCAGCACUUCUCUUUUUUUUCUCUUUGUAGAUUUUCAGUUGAAAACAUUUUUGUCUCACUUUAAGUUUGUAGAAAGCAGGUUUACAUGCCAGAGAAAAAAAAAAUCUUCUGAAUGGAGACAAUGUGCGUAAAUGUAUUGUUUUCCCUUCUUGAGUUUCACUCGCUGUCUGGCAGCGACCAAAAACCUGUAACUGACGGUGAUGUUGUUAUGAUUUUUAUCCACACUGACUUAGAGCACAAGUUCACGUUCCACAUUAGUUUAUAUAUAUAGAUAUCUUUUUUUUUUUUUUACAGUUGAACUUAGUUUUCGGUUCAAUAAAAUGCUUAAUUCAUGCCUAGGUUUAGUCAUGAUUUGCUUUCAUUCGGUUACCUUGGAGCAUACUUGUUCGUGUGUAUAUGUGCUGUUUGAGUGUGCGCGUGUCCUCUGUGUUUAUCAUUGACAUUGCUGAUAAGCUUUUAGGCUCUGAUUGGACGUGUCUGAUGAGCUAUUGGAGCGAGAGCCAGCAAAUAAAGAUGGGAUUGUACGACAGCAGAGACGCCCGACAGAUGGAGACAAAUGGGAGGCGUCUCCUGUUGUCUGGCUAACAUUCACAGGUGCUCACAUGCUUUUUCAGCAUAGAACACACAAACACACACACACUCACAUCCAUGUUUCCCUAUUACUCUGUUUGUGGUUUUAAAAAAACUGUAGCAUUGCAAGAUAUUUAGUUAUUUGUCAUCCAGUUGCCUCUGAGGACAGGCCUCAGUUAUACAACAGCCUAAAGCAAUACAUACUUGUGUUUAACACACACACACACACACACACACACACACACACACACACACCACGGAUAGCUGAGUUAUGAAAGAAACUGCAAUGUGUAGAUUGCUGGAUGGUCAUUUUGACAGCCGGAGUAAUAGCCAAUUUAGAGAUGGAUGACAUAAGAAUUGGAGCUGUUCAACCAUGCUGAUUUUUUUUCUUCUUCAUAAGAUGUAGAUGGAGAGGCAGAUCGAGGUGGUGUCACUGUGUGUUGCCGUUUUCCGUCCUCUGCUCGUACUCUCUCCAGGUUGGUCUCCCGUCAACACAGGGGGAUGUGGUUGCCGUGGCAGCACCACGUUGGCUCAACACGCUCGGUGAAGCCUCUGUUGGUUAGAUUCCUGUCAGUCAACUGACUCACUCCCCCAAAAUAUUGUAUUCAAAGCAGUGUUUUUGUGUUUGAUGUUUGUUCUCUGUCCCCGUGGCUCAUGCUGCUGUGAAUAGGCUUUUAGAAAGCUGCUGUUUGUUUUUUUUAAUUCUUGUGUUUUCGGUUUGUCUCGUCUGCGCCAGGUGCCAUCUUCCGCUCCAUCUCAGUCACAGGCAGGUGCGCGUGCUGUCAGUCGUUGUCUUUGUAACAGUGUUUAGGUGAACGCAGAGAGAUGACAGGAUGUUAAGAAGCACGUCUUUGUAUGGUUGGCCCGGUUUUGUUCGUCAGUGUACGCCGUGCUGUGGGCUACCUGUGUUAGUGUUUGAGAUUCUGGACGGCCUUGGCUUGUCAGGGAAUGAUUAUUUACAAAAGGAGGAUUGAAGCCCACGCAGGAGUUAACAGAUAAAAGAAUGUUUGAUGAUACAGCAAACAUGGUGGCAGUAGAAUAAAAAAAAAAAAAGACCUUGUCCAUGUGUGGACGGCACGUGAGGCUCAGGAAGUUUGUGUUCCAUCACAAGCGCCACUGAAAUGCUUGUCUGAAUGAUGCUGUUGCUAUAGUAACAGUUUAUGGAAUCUCGUGCCAUUUUAGCACUGAUUUCCAUCAAUUUAUUCAGUGGAAGAUAUUGUGUAAGAUGUUUUCUGUUAGCUACAGCAUUCCAGUCCAGUGUUCGAAGUGGGAUUUAUGAGGCCGCUCUGUCUGUCUCUUUCCUUUUGACACUGUUGGUUCGUUCAGAACCGCUACGUUUGUCUCAUCAUCUGCGCUUUUGUGUAGACUUGACGUUCCUCGACCUCUGGAACACACAUUGGUCACGGAGGGCAUUAGCUGCUGGUUUUCCCAUUUCAGCUGACUGGUCCUACCUACAAACUAACAUAAAGGGUGGAUGUAUGUGGAGGUUUUAUAAAGUGUUAGCCUUUGUGAUAUUCAUUUCUGUUCAUUGCUUUGAAAACACAGGGCUUUUCCAUGGCAAGUACGCAGUGACAUUAAUUAAAGACCUAAGCCUUGUUUGUCUGUCUUCAGCAUAACCUGUAAAUAGUUGUUUUUGAAAAGAAAAAGAGAAUAUCUCUUGGACAAAAUGCACUCUUGUUUCUCCAACUCAAAACUUUUAUUUAUUUAAACAGAAAUUCUAAAGAUUGGGGAAAUGAUAGUGUACAAAGCUAGAGCCACCGUUGAUCAUUAAUUUUGUGCGUGGGGAACGGCUGUAUGGAGUAUUGGCUGUAUACAAAAUGAAACAAGCUGUUUAAAAGAGAGGCAGCGUCUAAAAACAUCAUCAAUUAACACCUGAUGCAGAACUAGGCUACUAAAUGGAGAGUUUUAUAUCUAAAAAAACACAUGAAGGUUUACUAACCAAUAUAAGAAAAAGGAAAAAAAGGUUUGAAAAUGUUGUGUAGAGUAAUAAAUUGUAACAAUAUUUUAAAUAAAGUUAUAUAUU